AUGAACUACAAUUUACCUCCUCAAAAUUUGGGAAAUCUUAUCGACGUGGAGAAGCGAGUGGAAUUUGUAAGGGCAUGUGGAAUCACUGAAAAGCCGAAAAUUUUGGAUUCGGAUGAUAUUCCAGAGACUUCCACACCUUGUAGCUUCAUUCAACUCUACGAGAAUCUGCCGGAGGAGUCGAAUAAGUCGAAAAACUCAAAAAAAGAACCAAAAAUCGAAGAUUCUGAUGAUGACGUCAUGGUUUUAGAUGAAAUAGAGAUCAAAAGAGAGCCGGGAACCCAAAAAGUCGAUAUACGAGAUGUAAAUGGAUAUCUGAAAGCUGCAAAAGAUGGAAAUUUAGAAGAAUUAAGGAGAUUUUUGAAGAAAAAAAUCCCGAUCGAUGUCACUGAUUUCUAUGGUUGGACAGCCACAAUGUGUGCGGCUGGCGAUGGUAACUUUGAAAUUUGCAAAUAUUUGCUGGAGAAUGGCGCGGAUCCGGGAGUACGGGAUAAGAAUGGAAUGGGAAUAUUGCAGAUUGCGCAGAAGAAUCGGAAGGAGACGUUCGUCCGGUUGCUGAUGGACUAUUUUUGUAAUGGAAGUGCUCCUUCAACAUCCGCUGAACCCGAAAAAUUGACAUACUGUGAGCUCUGCGACACAUUUGUCGAUGAGAAAAAGAUUAAUGAUCAUAUUUCGUCGAUCACUCAUCAGUUGAACGACAAAUCGAAGCCAGGAGUGGCGCCACAAUCUGGAAUUCAUCUGGGUCCCUCGAAUAUCGGAUACCGGUUAAUGUGUGCUUCCGGAUGGACGGAACAGCAGGGUUUGGGACGGAAUUCUGAUGGGCAUCGGUUUCCGAUUAAGACAAUCCUAAAACGAAACCGUACUGGCCUUGGAAUGGAGAGUUUGCCGAAAAAAGUGACACACUUCGGACCGUUGGAUAGGAAUUCUGUGAGAAACGAGAAGUCGAAGAAGCAGCCGGUGACGAAGAAAGAUUUGGAGAGAAAGAAGCGAAAAGAGGACCGAAUAACGAAGAAAUAUCGCGCGGAUUUCGGAGAUAAUGAUAGUGUUUAUGAGUAUUUUAAUGCGGAGAAAUGA